AAUUUAUCUCUAUAAGGUGAUACACGUACACCAUUAGAAGUUUAUGUAGAACUAAAAAAGAUUUUGAAUUGACGUUUUUAUAAUAAUUAUAACUUAAUCGCAGAACGCAAACGCUUUCAAUUAGUUUGUGACAAAGACUUAUCUAUCAAGUGCGCAGACGAUUUGUUUGGUUAGCUUAUUCACGUCAAAAAAAAAGCGGGCUACGAAAAAUUUUACAAAACUCAAUAACAAUCCGACUACCAUGUCCCAGAAAGUAGAUUGGGCUCACUACGUGAACGAAACGGAAGAAAAUAUUACCAGCAAGAUAGAUAAAGUGUCCCUAUCAAAUGGGCCCGCACCUGAAGAUGACACCAGAGACACGUGUAACCCCGCCGAAGCGAGCUUGUUGGCAAAAAUCAUCAGGAAGGGUUUAGUUGUUAACAAACAUGACAUAGAGGUGCAACGAAAGGAUCCCAAGUCUCCUCUGUACAGUGUCAAGUCCUUUGAAGCACUUAAUCUAAACCCUAAUUUAUUAAAAGGAGUAUAUGAAAUGGGCUUCAAUGCUCCAUCAAAAAUCCAAGAAACUGCACUUCCAACCCUUUUGGCUGAUCCUCCCCAGAAUUUGAUUGCACAAUCUCAGUCAGGAACUGGUAAAACUGCUGCCUUUGUUUUGGCCAUGCUUAGUCGAGUUGAUGUCUCCAAAAAAUAUCCACAGGUUUUAUGUUUGUCUCCCACUUAUGAGCUGGCUAUUCAAACCGGAGAAGUUGCAGCUCAUAUGGCAAAAUAUUGCACAGACAUAGAGAUGAAGUAUGCUGUUAGAGGAGAGGAAGUUCCAAGAGGUGUUAAACUAACAGAACACAUAAUUAUUGGUACACCAGGCAAAGUUUUGGAUUGGUCCACCAAAUAUCGUUUGUUUGACUUAAAAUUAAUAAGAGUUUUUGUGCUUGAUGAAGCAGAUGUCAUGAUUGAUCAACAAGGUCACCAAGAUCAGUGUAUCAGGAUCCACAAACAACUUUCGGAACAGUGCCAGAUGAUGUUCUUCUCGGCGACGUACGAACAGGAAGUGAUGGAAUUCGCCGGACACAUCGUCAAAAAUCCGAUAACAAUUCGACUGAAACGUGAGGAGGAAAGUCUGGACAACAUCGAACAGUAUUACGUUAGAUGCAAGAACGCACAAGAAAAGUACAUGGCGGUCACAAAUAUCUACGGUACUAUCGGCGUUGGACAGGCCAUCAUUUUCUGUCGCACCAGAAAAGCUGCGGCUUGGCUGGCGGAAAAGAUGUCGGCGGACGGACACGCUGUUGCUGUUGUGAGUGGAGACCUCACAGUCGAGCAACGCAUCCAAAUUCUGGAUCGGUUUAGGGAGGGUAAUGAAAAGGUACUCAUUACAACUAACGUCUUAGCUAGAGGCAUUGACGUUGAACAAGUAACAAUCGUGGUAAACUUUGACUUGCCGGUGGAUUUGCAUGGUAAAGCCGAUACCGAUACAUACUUGCACAGGAUUGGAAGAACAGGCAGGUUUGGCAAGAGAGGAAUCGCCAUUAAUCUGGUGGAUUCGGAGGAAUCUAUGGCGAUUUGCCAGGCGAUUGAACGGCAUUUUGAUAGAAAGAUCAAACUUUUGAAUGCAGAUGAUUGCGACGAGAUCGAGAAAAUCGGCCAAUAAAUUAUAUAUUUCAUCUUUAUUAACUUAUAAUUACUUUAUUAUGAUAUAAAUUGUCAUUGUUUAUUUUAUUAGAAAUUUUCAAA